AUGAAUAUACAAUUUCAUGUCGUCCCUGUAAUAACUGGUAAUAUUCCAUUUGCUUAUUUUAAUCCUAGUACAUUAAAGAUACCGGAGCAUGUUCAAUUAUCUGAUCCCAGUUUUGGAUGUCCACAAGAAGUCGAUUUAUUGUUGGGCGCCAAUAUAUUUUGGGAUUUGUUAUUAAACGAAAAAAUAAAAUUGGGAAAUAAUAUGUUAGUUAACACUGUAUUUGAAUGGAUAGUAACAGGUGCGCUUCCAAUUGAUAAUAAUAAAACAAUCAUGUGUAACCAUUCAAGUCAUAUUCCUGAAGAUGACCAGUUAAAGAAAUUCUGGGAAAUUGAAGAAAUAAAAGGUAGUAAUCAAUUUUUAUCUCAAGACGAUAUUGUGUGUGAGUCUUUAUUUAACGAAAAUACUUUCCGCAUAGAAAACGGUCAGUUUGUAGUAAAAUUCCCGUUAAAACAAUCCCCAGAACUAUUGGGCAGGUCUAAACCCGAAGCAAUUAGAAGAUUUAAGACAUUAGAAAAACGGUUCGCGGAUGUUCAAUUUAAACAAUUAUACACCGAUUUUAUUCAAGAAUAUGAAACUUUAGGUCAUAUGACUAAAUUAACUAUUGAACCCGAUGGAAUUAAAUACUUUUUACCACAUCAUGGUAUUUUAAAAGAAAUGAGUACGACAACUCGUUUACGCGUAGUUUUUGAUGGAAGCUGUAAGACGUCUACAGGGUGGUCGCUUAACGAUCUACAAUAUAUCGACCCUAAAGUUCAGAAGGACAUUAUAAACAUUCUUUUACGAUUCAGAACAUAUAAAUUCGUGGUUUCCGUUGACAUAUCAAAAAUGUAUCGUCAAAUUCUCAUAGAUUGA